AAGGAAUUGACUGCUUCAGAGGAGUCUUGUGCUCCAAAAAGGAAACACGUUAGCUCGAAUACGGACGAUGAUAGAUUAGGUCUGCCAGUUCAGGCCUUCUCAAUGUCUAAGAUGUCGCGCUUGAAGAGGAGGAAAUUGGAGACGAGAUUGAAAGAUGAGCUCGAACAAGUUAGAGCACUGCAAAGGAAGAUAUAUUCAUUGAGCUCAAAUGCCAUGAUUCUUUCACCCACUAAGGAUACACAUAGCCAUGGUGAUGGGACAAUGAGACCUGCUCCUGUGGCAACUUUUCCAAUGUACAUGAAUAAAGUGGCUGCACCACCCGGGAAGAAAAAGUUUCCCCUGGGGAGAAAUGGUCCAUGCACAAAAGGUGGGACUACAACGUUGAUAAAACAAAGCAAGACACUGUUAAACCAGUUGAUGACACACCAGCAUGCAUGGAUUUUCAACACACCAGUUGACAUCGUAAAAUUUAAUAUUCCCGAUUACUUCAAUGUGAUUAAGCAUCCAAUGGAUUUGGGAACGAUAAAAAGAAAGUUACUUCGGGGUCAGUAUCAAUGUCCAGUGAGUUUUGCUGCAGAUGUUAGGCUUACCUUCAAUAAUGCAAUGACUUACAACCCGCGUGGAAGUGAUGUCUAUUUAAUGGCCGAGACAAUGAACAAUUUUUUUGAAAUGAGAUGGAAACCAAUUGAGAAGAAGAUUCCUAGAAUAGUUGAUGAAUCCGUGCCUUCAAAAUCAAGUGUUAUCUUAGAAUCUGAAACUGGUUUUUCCGUGCCUCCUGUUAAGGAGCAGAAAACCAGUGCAAUGAAACACAAAGUUAAGCAGGAUCCGGUUAAGUUGGUGAUGAGUGAUGUUGAGAAGAAAAAAUUGGGUGCAGAUUUGGAGGCCAUGCUGGAAGAAUUGCCUGAAAGUAUUAUUGAUUUCUUGAAAGAGAGCUGUUUGAAUGGAAAUCUAGUGAACGAGGGUGAGAUUGAAAUUGAUAUUGAUACUAUCAGUGAUGAUACGCUAUUCAAGUUACGUAAGCUUUUGGACGACUAUGCAUUGGAGAAGAAUAAUCAAGCAAAAGUUGAGCCAUGUGAAAUUGAGACACGCAAUGAAUCUGGGUUCCGCAAGAUAUUCAUGCAAACUUUCGAAGGAAAUCAGCCGGCCGAUGAG